UCGGCCUCCCAGAGUGCUGGGAUGACAGGCGUGAGCCACCGCGCCCGGCCAGCACCUUGCAUCUUGGGGUAAGGAUGCCACCGACCUCAGCGCCUCCCAUAGCAAGGCCUGGUCUGGCCAAGCCGUGGAGGUGAACGCGGGCUUGAAUCUUAGCUCCAGCACAGGGUAAGUUGCUGUGUUCCACUUUGCACAUCCACAAAAUGGGAAUAAUACCCCCCUCUCAGGGCUGUCAUGAGGAUCAGAUUAAAUAAUGUCUGUGCAUAUAGAGCUCAAUACACGGAAGCUGUUGUCAUGCUAUGAGAGGAAUGCGGCGUACCCUAAGUUCCCAGUCUUUGAGCCCCUUUUGGGGCCAGCCAGCACUCAGGUGACCAAGGUUUGGGGCUGCUCUUGGCCUCUGAGAAACUGCAGGACAGUCCCUGAGCAUGGGUCUCAGCCGUCCCGCAGAGCUGCCCCUCUCCCAUGAAAGGUCACCUUCCCGGCAGCCCUGCACCCUCCCUCCCUGCCAUCAGGACAGCCCGGGAGCUGCAGGCACGGAGCUGGGGGAGGCGGCAUUGAACAAAGACCCUUUGUCUUGGCAUCGCAGUUGGCGAGGGCAGGGGCCAAGGCAGCCCGCCGCUCUGAUGCGUUUCCAAGUUUCACGGGAGAAACUCAUCAUGCUCAUGAUAGCCGAGAUUACAACACCGGCUCCUUUCAUCUCUGCGGGCUCAGCCUGCCAUGCCCACUCAGCACGGCUCUCGGCAUAUCAGGAGCCGCUGGGGUUAUGUGGAUCCCGAUAUGUCACUCCUUGGGAGCGGGCGGCAGGUGACACAGGCGAGGCCAAGGUGACCCGGCAGCACCACCAUGGCCCCGGCCAGCAUCAGGCCUCCCAGCUGCUGACGGACCCCCAGGUCUGUCACAUCCCCUGCCCCUGCCCGACCGUGCAGCUGGAAGGACGUGCCAUCUCCAUUUUACAGACGAGAAAAGUCUCGGGCUCAUCAGGGGGCUUCCAGCGUUCCCCCCUCCCAAGCUGCCUUCCCCUAGCAAGCAAUGCUCCUCACCGCGGGCAGGGGAGCAAGAGGGGACGCGGGCAGCUCUGCCGGAAGCCCAGGAGCCAGUCUGCCAGGGUGAUCUCAGAGAUGACAUCAUUGCCCGCCAUCGCCAGCCAAUCGUUAGGCCCUCAGAGGAGAUGGGGGAGGGGAAGGAACCUGGGAGGAGAGCAGGAGCCCGUGGAGUGCCCAGAGGAGGCAUGGGGGCCCCCUCCAGCCACUGCUGCCUCCUUGGCCUGUCUUCCUUCAGAAGGGGAGGAGCCCCGGCGCCAAAGAGCAUUAGAGCACUGGUGACCGGAUUGCUAAGGCAUUUUCUAAGACGUUCAGCAACAACGGGCCUGGGACAUGGCCUGUCCAGGCUGCUCUGGACGAGCCGGCAGGUGCGUGCCCACCUGGACUCAGAAUUCCCCAGUGACGCUGCAAAGGCCUGCAGUCGGUCACAACCACUCCCCCCAAUCCAGUUCAGAUUUUCAGCAGGACUGAAAACGCUCACAUUCCACAUCCAUUUGUUUGUGGGUGUAUGCAACCCAUUUUAUAAUAUUUAAUAUCUUUGAUUUA